AUGGCACCAGGCAGGCCUGUGGCAGAUUCCAGAAAUCACACCUCUGUGUCCAUAUUUGUGCUCCUGGGACUUACAGAAAAUAAAGAGCUGCAACUUCUUCUUUUCCCAGUCUUUCUAGGGAUCUAUCUGGUGACCCUGAUAUGGAACUUGAGUCUGAUCAUCCUCAUUAAAAUGGACUCUCACCUGCACACACCUAUGUACUUCUUUCUUAGUUUCCUGUCAUUCCUAGACGUCUGCUAUUCUACUACCAUCAGUCCAAGGAUGCUUUCUGAUUUCCUCAAAGAACAAAAAACAAUUGCUUUUGCUGCAUGUGCUACCCAGUAUUUCUUUGUGUCUUGGCUGGGUUUAUCUGAGUGUUGUCUCUUGACUGUCAUGGCCUAUGACAGAUAUGUUGCUAUUGGUAACCCCUUGCAGUAUUCUGCCAUCAUGGUUCCAGAUGUGUGUAAGAAGAUGGUUACUGGUGCUUGUGGGAGUGGGCUUUUUAGCAGCUUAGUUCAAACAGUCCCUGGAUUUAAUCUUGAUUACUGUGGACCGAAUAUCAUUGAGCAUUUCUUCUGUGACAUACCACGUAUUUUUCCUUUGUCUUGCUCUGAUACCUUUAUAUUGCAAAUGAUUAUUUUUCUGCUAGCUAUAUUUGUUGGAUUUGGUUCUUUCUUUCUUAUCUUAUUAUCCUAUGGUUUUAUUGCAGCGUCGAUCCUAAAAAUAUCAUCCAUUAAAGGCAGUUUGAGGGCAUUCAAUACUUGUGCCUCCCACCUGGUUGUUGUGACACUCUACUUUGGCACUGGCUUUUUUGUUUACAUUCAGCCUACUUCUAUCCACACUAAGAAUCAAGACAAGGUGCUGUCAGUGUUCUAUGUUAAUAUUAUCCCCAUGUUAAAUCCUCUUAUCUAUAGUCUGAGGAACAAGGAGAUCAAAGAGGCUCUCAAGAGGGUGACAGAAAGAGUAAAUAACUACCUCUAA